AUGUCUAAAAAAGAGAAAGUGGCUAAUACAGCUGAUACAUCUGCUAUAUCAACACAGGAAUACACCCAAGGUCAGAUACACCAAAGUUCCGGAGACCGACCUAAUUAUGUCACACAAGAUUUUCUAGUAGUGAAAAUAGAUGCUCAAUUGGCCUAUAUUACUAAGCAGAUAACGAAUAGCUUUACUGCAAUUAAAAAGGAGAUAGCAGAUUUAAGUUUAAAUAUAUCCUCAGUGGAAGGGAAAAUUUCCAAGAUGGAGGAACAACUUACCACACUGCAAGGAGCAAACAACGACAUUGAUAAUAAAGUCUAUCAAAUAAAUAUGAAGCUUAGGGACCUUGAAGAUCGUUCAAGGCACUGUAACUUAUGGUUCAGGAACAUUCCAGAAGACAUCACGCAUGAUCAGUUAAAAGAUUUCCUACGUUCCUAUUUUCAAGAAAUGAAUCUUUCCAUACAAGAGCAGCAUACAAUAUUAGAAAGAACACAUCGACUUCCAAAACCUAAGAGUCUCCCAGCUCAACAACAGAGAGACAUCAUAACUUGUUUCCACCCAUAUGCUUACAAAGAACAAGUUGUGAAGAUGCAUAGAGAUAAAUGA